GAGAGAGAGAGAGAGGACUGGGAAUUGGGGAAAGCGGUUUUCAUUUUUUUCAUUAAAUAAAAUAAAAUAUUUCAGACGAUGAGAAUCAUGAGAUGAAAGAGAGCGGUUUCGUUACUUGAAGGUCGCAAUGGCGGUGGGGGUUUGGAGGUUUCCAUGAGAGAGAGAGACUGGGCGAAGCGAAGCCAGGAGCCAAAUCGAUGAAUUGUGAGGUGUGCAGUUUUUGUUUUCCAUCUCAUUGACUGCUUUGAGAGAGGAGAGAAGAGAAGAAAACCGGAGUGGUUUCAGGUAACUUCAUUUUAUGCGGUUUAUCACCGAGAAGUUCCUGAUUUUCCGGCGUUGGAACAGCAGUUCGGGGAGGAGUUGGUUGGUUCUUAUUUCGGCUGAGUUGAUGAUUGCAGAGACAAGAUUUUCACCAUGAACGGUAAUGGAUAUACCAGGAUGGAGGGAGACUAUAUUAUUAGACACCACCGACAUGAGACAAGAGACAAUCAGUGCAGCUCCGCUCUUGUUAAACACAUCAAGGCUCCUGUUCAUCUCGUCUGGUCGUUGGUGAGGAGGUUCGAUCAACCUCAGAAGUACAAGCCCUUCAUCAGUAGGUGUGUUGUGCAGGGGGACCUUGAGAUUGGGAGUGUCAGAGAAGUGGAUGUUAAAUCAGGCCUUCCGGCCACUACCAGCACUGAAAGGUUGGAGCUUCUCGAUGACGAGGAACAUAUCCUCGGCAUCCGGAUUGUUGGUGGUGAUCACAGGCUAAGGAAUUACUCUUCAGUCAUUACGCUACAUCCAGAAAUUAUUGAUGGCAGACCAGGAACCCUAGUGAUUGAGUCGUUCGUGGUGGACGUGCCUGAUGGGAACACCAAGGAUGAGACGUGCUAUUUUGUCGAGGCCCUGAUUAACUGCAAUCUGAAGUCAUUGGCAGACGUCUCCGAGCGGCUGGCUGUGCAAGACCGGACUGAACCCAUUGGCCGAAUCUGAGUAGGUAGCGGUCGGGGGAGAUUGGUUGGAGGCUCUGAUUGCCAUGGAUGAAGCUUCCGAGGCUUUCGGAUCUCAGAAGCUUUGGAGACAGACUGGCACUAGAUCUUCCAUCUUCUAGAGACCAUCUCAUUUGCUAUUUUUCUUUGCUUUUGUUAUUUUCUCCCUUUUGGUUUUUGGAAUCAUGAUGGAAUUCCUAUCUCUCCAGUACAUCAAGAACCAUGCUUUUUAUAUGGAUUAUCCUUUUCUAAACCUAACCAAGAAUGAAAAAAAGGACCAGAGGGAAUAAAAAGAAAAAAGCGGAAACACUGCCCUUUGUGAUAUUUCUGGGUUUUCGCUGUAGUACCCUGUCUUCAUCCAUGAUUUAUAUUUAUUUUCUGCAAGGAGUAGGUGCCUGUUUUUGGUGGGUUUUUCUUGUAGCUUCUGAACCUUCAAUUUGCAAAAAGAGGAAAGGAGAAGUGAUUUGUAGGCAGGUCUGCAGCUGAGAGAGAGAGAGAGAGAGAGAGAGAGGCAGGCUUGUAUAUACCAUAUGUAUUCUUAUUGUUGUAAUUACUGUUAUCAUAUGUUUUAGUACGUAAAUUUUAGAAGACUUUGAGAUGCGGAA